AUGCCAUUCAGUUCUCUCUAUCGAGACCAAGAUGGCUCUCAUGACUUUCAAAACCAACAGACAUUCCAACGUCACCAUUCCCAACUAGCCAUUGUUGACCCCGACAGUCUAGAUUACAGCGAGUGGCAUGAGAUGGACUUUACCACGGCACCCCUCAAUCCCUCCACACCCAACUCAGCUUCUCAGAGUCACUACCCAAAGUACUCGGGCAACAUGGACACAGACCUCGAUUCGCUGCCCUAUGUGCGAUCUUCCAAUAGCCAACGCCAGAACUCGUCCGCCUCAGCUCACUCGCACAGCCAACAACAGUCUCCCGAGGCUCAUUCUCUCUCAGGAGACCUUUACACCACGGGUCCCUUCUCCUACUCGCAGCUUCUCAACAUGGAUUCGGAUCUCUCCUCCAUGGAUCAGUCGAGCCUGAACAGCUCACGCGCUGAUUACGAUUCCAAGAUGCUCAACGACAGCAGCACCAUCGCGACUUCUUUAUCAGGAUCUGACUCUCUCAACACUUCGCCGCCAGUCGCCACGCUUGAUCCUAUCGCCAUCACUUUGUCGUCCAAGUCCAUUUCCACCGAAAAACUCUGCCCUUUGAUAGCCGGCCAAGUCGACUCUUGCCAACCUCAGCGCUGUGGACCUGAUGCUCCUUGCAUGAACUUUACCACGCUGCCACCUAUUGAGGAGUGCACGUCUGUGCCAUGUAUCACCCAGGAUCCCUCCCCCAACGAAACCAUGAUCACCAGUGAUAGCGUAUCGGUUUCGGUACAUUCACGACCAAGUUACAGUGCGCGAACAAGCACCGCCAACUCUGUGCGGCGUUCAUCCGCAUCCUCGAAUGACCUACCCAUGCAGGCAGUCCCCUUGCCAUCGAGGAGAAAUGCCCCGGUGUCAACACGCCGUCGCACGGCGGUUCGCUCGCAAACUUCCACCUCGGCCACCACCAUGUCAACCAACAUGGUCUCUGAUGACGAAGACGACAACGCGGGAGCCAAACCCACAGCUCCUAGCAAAGCCGAUGCAAAGCAACGUGCGAAGCAGGCGCAUAGUCUGGUCGAACGCAAAUAUCGUGAGAACCUCAACGCCAAAAUCGCUCAGCUACACAACACUCUCCAAUCUUCACAUUACGGUCCCAAGGUCCAGGAAGAUGACAGUGACAACCCGAAUGGACCUAUCGCCGCUAUCCCAGCAAGUAAAGUCCGAAAGAGUGACGUUCUGACUGAGGCGAUGAAUUACGUCAACCAAACUGAAGUGGAAAUGCGACACAUGGAGAACGAAAUACACCGACUGAGCGAGCGUGUGAGAGUAUUGGAAAAGCUGGUCCGCUGUGAGGACUGCAGCUUAUUGAAGCAAAUGGUGAAUCUGCAAGUGCAAGCCGUCUGA